AUGACAAAGGAAGAAAUCAAGGACAAGAAGAGAAAGGUCGAAGAUGAUUUGACGAAGGAGAAGAAGAAGCAGAAGAAAGACAAGAAGCAGAAAGACAAGAAGGAGAAGAAGGAGAAGAAGGAAAAGAAGAAGGAGAAAAAAGAGAAGAAGGAGAAGAAGGAUAAAGAGGAUAAAGAGGAUAAACCAGUUGAAAAAAAAUUCGAGCCUAUUCUGGCGGAAGCUUCUGGACCAGAAGUUGAAGCAUUCUACAAAGAAAAUGAAGUUAGCGUUGAUUACCCAACCGAGAAACAAAUUCAACCCGUUCUUUCAUUCGAUGAGCUUUCUUUAGAUUCCAAAAUUCAAGCCGCAAUUUCUGUGUUCCCAAAGCCAACUCCGAUUCAAUCUGUUUCAUGGCCAUAUUUAUUAGCUGGUAAGGACGUUAUUGGUGUCGCUGAAACUGGUUCUGGUAAAACUUUUGCGUUUGGUGUCCCAGCAAUCAAUAAAUUGGUGACUGAAGAUGGAAAAAAGAAGGGUGUUCAGGUGCUAGUCAUUUCUCCAACUAGAGAACUUGCCUCUCAAAUUUACGAUAAUAUGAUAUUAUUAAUUGAAAAGGCCGACUUGGAGUGUUGUUGUGUUUAUGGUGGUGUCCCUAAGUAUGAGCAGAGAGAGAAGUUGAAGAAAGCUCAAGUUGUGGUUGCCACACCAGGUAGAUUGCUAGAUUUGAUGCAAGAAGGUUCUGUCGACUUAUCGAACGUGUCAUAUCUGGUUCUAGAUGAAGCCGACAGAAUGCUAGAAAAAGGUUUCGAAGAGGACAUCAAGAACAUCAUCAGAUCAACGAAUACUUCAAGUAGACAGACACUGAUGUUCACAGCCACUUGGCCAAAGGAGGUUCGUGAAUUGGCGUCCACCUUCAUGUCCGAUCCAGUCAAGGUUUCGAUUGGUAACAGAGACGAGUUGAGUGCCAACAAGAGAAUCACACAGGUUGUGGAAGUUAUCGACCAGUUUCAGAAGGAGAGAAAGCUUUUGGAACUAUUAAAAAAAUAUCAGUCAGGACCAAAAAAGGACGAAAAGGUUCUAAUCUUUGCUCUAUACAAGAAGGAAGCUACCAGAGUAGAGAGGAACUUGAAGUAUAAUGGCUACAAUGUGGCAGCCAUUCACGGUGAUCUGUCGCAGCAGCAAAGAUCACAAGCUUUGAAUGAGUUCAAGACUGGAGCUUCUAAUCUGCUACUAGCCACUGAUGUCGCUGCCAGAGGUUUAGAUAUCCCAAACGUCAAGACUGUUAUCAAUCUAACAUUCCCACUAACAGUAGAAGAUUACGUUCAUAGAAUUGGUAGAACUGGUAGAGCUGGACAAACUGGUACAGCUCAUACUCUCUUCACAGAGCAGGAAAAGCAUUUAGCUGGUGCGCUUGUAAAUGUUUUAAACGGUGCCAAUCAACCAGUUCCUGAAGAAUUGAAGAAAUUCGGUACCCACACUAAGAAAAAAGAACAUAGUGCUUACGGUGCUUUCUACAAGGAUGUUGAUAUGAACAAGAAGCCAAAGAAGAUUACCUUCGACUAA